GCCACCGCCGUCGAACCGGACGCUCUUUGGAUGCUUUCUUGAGUAGAUCUAAAACUUCAGUCUUGUCUGACACGAUUUUUUAUCCAUUCACUGGACCUUGUUCACGCACGUCUACCAAGCAGCUAGUCAUGCCACGCAAGUAUAUUGGAGGGUCUGGGGAAAGGCUUACUGUUUGGAUCAGUAUCGCCGCCAGUACUGUCUUGAUAUUCUACGGAUACGAUCAAGGGGUGUUUGGUAAUGUCAUCAUCAACGAGAAUUUUCUUGAAACAUUUGACUAUCCCUCCGCCAACAUGCAAGGUGUCAUGACAAGUAUAUACAAUAUCGGCUGCUUCAUUGGAGCCAUGUCCACGAUCUGGACUGGGGAUCCUUUGGGCCGUCCACGCCAGAUUCUGCUUGGGUCUACCGUUAUUGCCAUUGGCGCUAUCAUUCAGACCGCGAGUUCAACCGUGGCGCAAAUGAUGGUUGGCAGGAUUGUUGCAGGUCUUGGAACUGGAAUGAACACCGCUACCGCAGGUGUUUGGCAGGCCGAGACAAGCAAAAUGAGGAGUAGGGGUAAGUUGGUCAUCAUUCAGAUGGCAAAUUGCAUUACUGGCUUCUCCAUAUCGAAUUGGCUAACGUUGGGCUUCUCCUUUGCUCCAAGAGAUGUAGCCUGGCGUUUUCCACUCGCCUUCCAGAUAUUCUUCACACUUUGCAUCUAUGCUUUGUGCCCAUUCUUGCCGGACUCUCCGCGCCUCCUCAUCCGCAAAGGAAAGUACGAGGAGGCUUACGAGGUUCUGGCUGCAUUGGAAGGUCAUGGAGCAACUCUAGAUUCGCCAUCGGUGCAUGCGCAGUUCAACAUUAUCAAGGAAAUCUUGGAUCGAGAACACAUAUCCACCUAUACAUGGGGACAACUUCUCACUGGUCGUGGACCCUCAGGCGUCUUACGUCGGAUGAUCCUCGGUGCUUGGAUGCAAGCUAUGAAUCAAAUUUCUGGUAUUAACGUGACGAGUUACUACAUGAGCUACAUCUUCAUCAACGCUCUCAAUAUUUCGGAGUUGCUGAGCCGCAUUCUUGCGGCCGCUGGGUCUGUAGAUUACCUUAUUUUCGCAUGUCUGGCUUACUUCGUCAUCGAGCGAUUUGGUCGUCGAAAAGUCAUGAUGUGUUCUGCAGCCGCAUGUUCCACUUGUUGGAUCGUCAUUUCAAUUGCACUCGGCCUCUCUGCUAAUGGCGGUGAUGAGUAUAAGCUCGGCAUUGUAGCGGUAUCCUUUUUCUUUAUCUUCUUUGCCAGCUUUGGAAUGGGCGUGCUAGGUGUACCAUGGCUAUAUCCAACAGAGAUAAAUGCGCUAGAGAUGAGAACGAAAGGGGCAUCACUAGCAAUGAGUACGAACUGGAUUAUGAACUACAUGGUUGUUCAGGUUACGUUGCCUGGUAUUAACAAUCUUGGCUGGCGAUUCUGGAUUAUUUGGGCUGUCAUUUGCUUCGCCUUCAUACCUAUCACGUACUUUUUCUAUCCAGAAACAGCAAACAGGACCCUUGAGGACAUCGAUCGGUUCUUUGAGAGCAAACCAGAUAUCUUCAUCCAUCGGAACAAGGUCGCCAUACAACUAGAGAGGCCAGCCGAGUACAUCGAGGCAGACGAGCGUAUCGUGAGAGCGGAAAUUCAUAUAGGUGAGAAGAAAAGGCCAGAAAGUAUCAGUAGCGACCAUGUAGAGACCAAGGAAACUGUCUGA